UGAUCAUCGGGUCUCAUCCAAUGGACACACGCCUUCCCUCCUCCUCUGGUCCCGGGGGCCAGUUGCGUCAAGGCUGCGGCUGGGAUGUAACCGGAGGUCCGGCCGGUUACCGAGAGACUUUGCCUCCGAGCGAGCGCCGUCACUAAACGGUGCAAGCACAGCAGCGCACGCGUGCUAUGACAGUGCACGUUACGGUGCAAGUAAAUCACCUGAGCUGCGUGUGUUCAGGAGAACCAGCGGUCACAGAAGAUUCCCAGUCCACCUCCAUCAGCCAAUGUAGCAGUUCAGCGUCUAAACCGGACAGAGUUUGAGAGGAAACGGCGACUAACGGAGGCCAGACCGGGAAAAGGAGCGCAUAUGACAGCCUCUCUGGUCCUAAACCCUCGCUGGCCAGCGGAAACGGUAAUGUUUGUGUAUGACAACAACCUGGACGACCUGAACAAGAACAUGGAGGGGCUGGUGGGAAGCGGUAACUUCGCCGCCGCCACUGCGGCGAGUCAGUGCCGCAACAUCAUGGCGCAUUCGGCGGCCGCCGCCGCUCUUGGGGGUCACCCGUCCGGGCUGGUGCACUCUUCGGCUGGCUACUCCACUGUGGACGUGUCCGCUUCAGGUUCCAGUGACACGGUCGUGUCUUCGGGAAAGCAGUGCGCGGCGGGACCGUGUCCGGCGGCUGCGGUGCCGCACCAGAGUUCCUCCGCCGCUACCGCGUUGCCCUACAGCUACUUCGGUAACGGUUACUACCCGUGCAGGAUGGGUCGGGGAUCUCUCAAGUCGUGCACCCAGGCGGCCGGAGCCGCGCUCAGCUCGCAGUACAUGGACACGACGGUGAGUUCUGACGAGUAUCCGAACCACCGAGCCAAGGAGUUCGCGUUUUACCACGGCUACCCCAGCCCCUACCAGUCCAUGGCCAGCUACCUGGACGUGUCGGUGGUCCAAACGCUGGGCACCGGGGAACCGCGCCAUGACACUCUGCUCCCCAUGGACAGCUACCAGCCCUGGGCUCUGACCAACGGCUGGGGGGGACAGAUGUACUGCUCCAAGGACCAGGGACAGGCCGGACACCUCUGGAAAUCCGCUCUGGCUGAUGUGGUCGCGCACCAGCAUGACGGCUCGCCUUUCCGCCGCGGCAGGAAGAAGCGGAUACCGUACACCAAGGUGCAGCUGAAAGAGCUGGAGAAAGAAUACGGAGCCAACAAGUUCAUCACCAAGGACAAGAGGAGGAAGAUCUCGGCGGUGACCAACCUGUCGGAGCGUCAGAUCACCAUCUGGUUCCAGAACAGGAGGGUGAAGGAGAAGAAGUUCGUGGCCAAAGUGAAGAGCAGCGUACCGUAGCAUGCAGGCCACUGCUGUGUGGACCGUUUCACUCAAUGGACUUGGUGUAUUUGCCGUAUUUGUACGUUAAACUGAACUGAGAAAAGUAACAGAAAAUUGGGAGAAAUAAGCAACUCGACGUGGUACUCCUGACGGACUGUGCGUGUGUUCGUGUACGUCAACUAAUGGAAGAAAACGAAGACAAAUGAAGGAAAAUAAGACUAAAGAAAAGAACCAAAGCCCUCUGGUAAAGCUGCUGCUCAGAGGCGUCCUGUAAAUACAGCACUUCCCUGCCUGCUUCAUGUAUCUGUCUGUCUCUGUGUGUCUGACUGUCCGUGUUGUCUUCAGUAGCCUGUAGCCGAAAACACACUAUUAUUCUGUCCAUAUGUUUAUAUCGCCUGUAAACCAGUACUCAAAAUAUAGUGCAACACCUAAUAAAUUCUUUUAAUCCCGA